CCCGGGGCAGGCGAGAGCUUGGCAAUAAGGCAAAUACCGCAUCUCAACAGUGAGGUGAAGUGACGCUUGAGCAAAUCCAACAUGAACACCAUCUUCUCAAGAGACAGACAGAUAAAGAGCAUGGAGCUGACAGUGAGCCAUGCUGAGAAGUACCUGGGUCAGUUCUGCAGCCUGCUGGCCUCUUACACCAGGAAGACAGGCAAGCUGAGGGACCAGGCUGACAUGCUGGUCAGACAGCUCAAUGACUUCUCGAAUACUGAGGACCCAGAGCUCCGUACCUGUCUGAAGAACCUGGCUGAAGACCUGGCCAUGGUGCAGGACUACCGCCAGGCUGAGAUAGAGAGGCUGGAGACCAAAGUCGUCACUCCCCUCAAAGCCUACGGAGAUAUUGUUGAAAACAAGAGAGCAGAUCUGAAGAGGUUCAAUGCUGAUCGGGACAGAGCGCUGAAAGAGCUGCAGAAACUGGAGAAACUCCAGCAGAAGGAUCCCUCCAAUAGACAAAGAAUUUCACAGGCAGAGGUGAAUGCUCAGAAGGCGACCAAUGAUGCUCACCGCAGCACCAGACAACUGGAGGAGACCAUCAGUGACUUCCAGAGACAGAAACUGGAGGACAUCAAGAGGAUCUUCACAGACUUCAUCACAGUGGAGAUGGUGUUCCAUGCCAAGGCUCUUGAGGUCUACACACACACCUUCCAGAACCUGGACAGCAUGGACAUAGACAAGGACCUGGAGCUGUUCACUGGGAGGAUCAGGGUGUCUGACAGCCCUCUGGACAACCAGACCCUGCUGCCCUCCUCUAUGGUCCACCAGCCUAGUCCCACCCUGGGCUCCAGCCACAAACACACUGCUGAAUCAGCCAAGAAGUCCCGUAGCAGCAUCCUACAGCGCCAGAGGGGUGUAGAGGAGGAGGAGGAGGAUGAAGAGGAGGAGUAUGAGUCAGAGAUAGAGGCUCAGCAGAGCAGGCAAUCCUACGCCUCUCAAUACACCCAAAUACUCAGACAGAAGAACUGAUAGAUUGGAGGUGCACACACAAAUGCACCCAAAAAGACACACACACACACACAUUCAGAUAUCCGUAUAGAUCUGCUGACAGAUGAGAAUAUGUAGUCAUUGUCUGUUGCCAGGUAAAGUCAAUACUCAGGGUAUGUACCGUACUGCAAUAGAUCUGUUGAUGACUGUGCAGAUGUGUUCCUGUACAGGGUUUGCAGUAAGUUGUUCUGCAAAUAAUACUUUGUCAAGGGAGGCAUUUGGCACUUAAGACAGACUGCAAUCAUUUGUAAUCAGCCAUAGCUGAGGUAUAGCUGAGGAGUGAUAUUGUGUUCACAUUUUAUAAUGAAAAACAAAUCAAUGUUCAGUAAUGGUUGUUAUUUAGAAUGGGAAAGUGAAGAAUACAUUAUAUUCCUAGAUAUAAAUAUAAACAUAUAAAAUAAAUUGACCCAUUUGCAUUCAA